UCUCUUGCGGCAGCUGCAGCAGUUAGGAGGGGUGGAUCCCGAGGAUGGCCGGUCGCUACAGUCCGGACCCGGAUCAGACGCCGCGCACGCUCCUGCGGCGCGUGCUGGAUACAGCGGACUCGCGCACCCCGAGGCGACGACAGAGCGUUCGAAAUAAUGCACAGAGAUCUCUGCUUCAAAUACCUUCUUCCUCCAAGAGGCAGAGUAGCCAAACAAAAAUAGUUGCCAGGAGGCAUUCCUAUAUAACUAGGUCAGUUGUCAGAUUGGCUCGUGUUCAAACCCAUGGGCACCUGGAAGAACAGACACCCCGGACCCUGCUGAAGAACAUCUUACUAACUGCCCCAGAAUCUUCUAUCGUGAUGCCAGACUCAGUGGUGAAGCCAGUACAAGUACCAGAGAUGGUGGAGUCUUCCAAAUGGGAAAGCAGCCCGGGAAGCCUGGAGCUGCAACUUCCUGAACUGGAAUACCCCUCAACCCUAGCUCCAGGUCUGCCAGCCACUGGCAGAAGCAAGCAAAGGCUGAGAUUGUCAGUAUUUGAGCAGGAAGUGAAUCAGCGGCUGCCUCUCUCCCAAGAGCCACCUGGGAAUGCUGAUGCUUCAUCCUUGACCAGCUCCUUCAACCUCAGCUUUGUCCCACCUUGUCAGUCACAGUCAGUGGGGAGACCUGGUCUGGCUCGCAGACGUCCCAUUCGCCGGCCUGUGGAUGUAGGUGUUCUUUUGCAGGAUCUAGAAGAUAAUUCCUUGACCACAGCUCUUCCAGGUGACAACUAUAGAACCCCUGUUGCUACUCUGCCAACGGAUGCAGUGUUGGAAGACACCCAGCCUUUCUCACAGCCUUCAGUUGGCUGCUCCCUUAGAGUGUAUCAUUCUCUGCCCAGCCCUUCUCACUCUGAGGUUAAAGGUGCUGAAAGAGUUGUGGGCCGAAGGACACAAAGCACUGGGACUGGGCUGGAGAAGCACAUGAGCAGAACUAGCCUUGGUACUACUCCUUUACCCUUCUCCAAGCUACAGCCUCAGCCUCCAGAAAUAAGAGAAGCAGUGGGAUCCCAGGAGGCUGUGGAGGCCAAGGAGCAAGAAGGAUCUUCCAGGGAUGAGGAUACUCCUGGCAGGCCAGCAAGUCCAGAGUUAGCCGCUGACACCUAUAACUUACUCCAGGCUGAGCAGCCACAUCAGUCUCUCCAGCCGCCACCACCACCUGGAGUUGCAGUUUCAGAGCCCCUGGAGUCUGUGCCGGCCAGGCUUCCAUCCAGGACCCAAACUGUAGGUCCCAGGCAUCACCAAGACCCCUAUAAGGCUGGACUGAGCCACUAUAUGAAGCUCUUUAGCUUCUAUACUAAGAUGCCUGUGGAGAAGAAGGCUCUUGAGAUGGUGGAGAAGUGCCUAGACAAGUAUUUCCAGCACCUUUGCAAUGACCUGGAGGCAUUUUCUGCUCAUGCUGGCCGUAAGACUGUGAAGCUAGAGGACAUGGAACUGCUGUUGCGACGGCAGGGACUAGUCACUGAUCAAGUCUCACUGCACGUGCUUGUGGAGCGGUAUCUACCCUUGGAGUACCGGCAGCUACUUAUCCCCUGUGCAUUCAGUGGCAAUUCAGUCUUCCCUGCCCAGUAGUGGCCAGGCUUUAACACUUGCCCUCUCCCUACCUUAGACACCUUGGACCUACACCAUCAUCAAGGUUUCCUUCUCCUAGCAGCAAUAAAAUCUCACAAAUGG